CUCACUCCACGUCCAUCCACAUCCAUCCACACAUCCACCCCGCCAGCGCAGCGUGCUCCUCACCCACGCGGCUGCUCGCGUCCCGGGCCCACCUCGCAUCUCCUUGCGCCGCUAGCGCACCACCCUCUCAGCCGCGCGCUCCUCCCACCCCGCGCGUCCGUGCGCCAUGGCCAUCUCCAAGAAGGCAGGCGGCAAGAAGGGCGGCGCGGCCUCGAAGCCGCCGCCGGCCAAGGGCGGCGCGCUCAAGAAGGGCGGCAUUGCCAAGGCCGACUGGCGCGAGGGCUUCAAGAAGCCGCAGGUCGGCGUGUCGGACAUGACACUGCUCUCCAAGGUCUCCAACGAGGCCGUCAACGAGAACCUGCAGAAGCGCUUCCAGAAUGCCGAGAUCUACACGUACAUCGGCAACGUUCUCAUCUCGGUGAACCCGUUCCGGGAUCUGGGCAUCUACACCGAGGAGACGCUGGCGUCGUACCGCGGCAAGAACCGCCUCGAGAUGCCGCCGCACGUGUUCGCCAUUGCCGAGUCGGCGUACUACAACAUGCAGGCGUACAAGGAGAACCAGUGCGUCAUCAUCUCGGGCGAGAGUGGCGCCGGCAAGACCGAGGCCGCCAAGCGCAUCAUGCAGUACAUCGCUGCUGUCUCGACGGGCGAUGCCAGCGAGCGCGACAUCGGCGACAUCAAGGACAUGGUGCUGGCGACGAACCCGCUGCUGGAGAGCUUUGGCUGUGCCAAGACGCUGCGCAACAACAACUCCAGUCGCCACGGCAAGUUCCUCGAGAUCAUGCACAACGACCAGGGUGCGCCCACCGGCGCCACGAUCACCAACUUCCUGCUCGAGAAGUCUCGCGUCGUCGGCCAGAUCCGCGACGAGCGCUCGUUCCACAUCUUCUACCAGCUCACCAAGGCCGCGACGCCCGAGCAGCGCGAGUACUUCGGCCUGCAGGGGCCCGAGGCCUACUCGUACACGAGCAAGUCGAAGUGCCUUGAUGUGCCGGGCAUCGAUGAUGUCGCGGACUUUGAGCAGACGCUCAACGCCAUGAACAUCAUCGGGCUCACCGGCGACGAGCAGAACGACAUCCUGCGCAUGCUUGCUGCCAUCCUGUGGCUGGGCAACGCGCACUUUGCCGAGAAUGCCCAGGGCAACGCAGAGAUCACAGACCCGGGCGUGCCGGACUUUGUCGCCUACCUGCUGGAGGUGGACUCGGCGGCCGUCACCAAGGCGCUGACGGAGAAGAUCGUCGAGACACAGCGCGGCGGCGGGCGGAGAGGCUCGGUGUACGAGUCGCCGCUGAACCCGGCGCAGGCCGGCGCGGUGCGCGAUGCGCUCGCCAAGGCGAUCUACAACAACAUGUUCGACUGGCUCGUCGCGCGCAUCAACACGUCGAUGGCGCCGCGCGGCGCAGUGACGAACAUGAUCGGCAUCCUCGACAUCUACGGCUUCGAGAUCUUCGAGCAGAACUCGUUUGAGCAGCUCUGCAUCAACUUCGUCAACGAGAAGCUGCAGCAGAUCUUCAUCGCGCUUGUGCUGCGCAAGGAGCAGGAGGAGUACGACAACGAGCAGAUCCAGUGGAAGCCGAUCCCGUACUUUGACAAUGCCGUCGUGUGCGAGCUGAUCGAGGGCAUGCGCCCGAAGCCUGGCAUCUUUGCCACGCUCAACGAUGCCGGCGCCACGGCGCACGCCGACCCGGCGGCCGCAGACAACGCCUUCAUGCAGCGGGCCAGCGCGCUGACGUCGAACCCGCGCUUCGAGGCACGCGGCACGCGCUUCACCAUCCGCCACUAUGCCGGUGAUGUGUCCUACCACAUCGCCGGCCUGGCAGAGAAGAACCGCGACUCGCUGCAGAAGGAUAUUCUCGACCUCGUCGACACGUCGUCGAACGCGUUCCUGCGCAACCUCUUUUCCGAGCGGCCGGACCCCAACUCGAAGAAGCGGCCGCCGACGGCCGGCGACCGCAUCAAGGCCAGCGCCACGCAGCUCGUCGACACGCUGAUGAAGGCCGAGCCGCACUACAUCCGCACGAUCAAGCCCAACGAGUCCAAGUCGCCGACGGAGUACGACAAGUCGCGCGUGCUCGAGCAGACGGUGUACCUCGCGCUCGCCGAGAACAUCCGCGUGCGGCGCGCCGGCUUCGCGUACCGCUCGACGUUUGAGCGCCUCGUGGAGCGCUUCUACCUGCUCUCGCCCGCGACGUCGUAUGCAGGCGAGUACAUCUGGCAGGGCGACGCGCGCAGCGGCUGCGAGCGCAUCCUCACCGACACGGGCAUCGCGCGCGAGGAGUGGCAGAUGGGCGUCACCAAGGCCUUCAUCAAGAGCCCCGAGACGCUCUUUGCGCUUGAGAAGAUGCGCACCGAGUACUGGAACAACAAGGCGCGCAUGAUCCAGCGGGCGUUCCGCAACUACAUGAGGUACAAGAACGAGUGCGCACGGCGCAUCCAGCGCGUGUGGCGCACGCAGGCGUCGCGCCUGGCGCUCGUGCAGCUGCGCGACUACGGCCAUCAGAUGCUGGCGGGGCGCAAGGAGCGGCGCCGCUUCAGCCUCAUCAGCAUGCGCCGCUUCACCGGCGACUACCUCGACGUCGGCGGCAGCAGCGCUGAGGGCGAGAUGCUGCGGCGCGCCUCGGGCAUGGCGGCCGGCGAGCAGGUGGCGUUCAGCGCGCGCGUUCAGAUCCUCGUCUCGCGCCUCGGCCGCUCGAGCAAGCCGUCGCCGCGCUUCUUCGUGCUGACGGACAAGGCGGCCUACUUCAUCGUCACGCAGCUCGUCAACAAGCAGCCGACGACGACGUGCGAGCGGCGCAUUGUGCUCGGCUCGAUCUCGUCGGUGGGCCUCAGUGGUCUGCGCGACGACUGGAUCGUGUUCAACGUGUCCGGUACGCAGGAGGCCGACCCGCUCUUUCACACGCAUUUCAAGACGGAGCUCGUCACGCAUCUGCUGCAGCGCACGUCUGGCGGCGUCAACGUCAUCGUCGCCAACGAGCUGCAGUACUCCAAGGGCAAGGACAAGAAGACAAACAUCAAGUUUGUCAAGGACGAGUCGGUGCAGCGCGAGGACGUGUACAAGAGCUCGACGGUGACCGUCGCCAGCGGCGAGUCGCCGACGAGCCUGAGCAAGCCGCCGGCGAAGAAGAAGCCUGGUCUUGUGCGGCCCAUCACCUCGGGCAAGCUGCUGCGUGCCGGCGGCCCGUCCAGCGCGAACAAGCCCAAGCCACGCGCCGUGCCUCGCCCGACACCGACGCCCGCUGCUCUGCCCAGCGGACGCACUGCAGCUGCUGCUCUGCCGCCGCCCGCCACCAAUGGUGCUGCGCGCGCCAUCCCUGCGCCAAAGCGGGCCUCUGCUGCUGCGCCGCCUCCGCCACCUCCGCCGCCGCCGCCGGCAGCGGAGCCGGAGACGCCCAAGUACCUCGUUCUCUACGCGUUCGACACGGACCAGGACGGCGAGAUGGCUCUCGUCAAGGACGAGGCAGUGGAGGUCACGCAGAAGGAAGAGAACGGCUGGUGGCUUGUCAAGAAGAACGGUGUCGAGGGCUGGGCGCCGUCCAACUACCUCGAGCUCAUUCCGCCGAAGCCGCGCGCUCCGCCGCCGGCGCCAGCGCCGGUGAAGCGUGCGCCUCCGCCGGCCCCAGUGCCCGCUGCAGCAGCCACGCCGGCUGCUACGCGCUCGUUUGGGUCGGCUGCGCCAGCCGCUGCGGCUGCAGCCCCGACUCCCAAGUUCAAGCCCGUUGCUGCGGCCAAGCCCGUGGAGCGCGGCGCGUACACUGCGCCGGACGCCAGCGCAGCUCCCGUGUCCGUCAUGCCGGGCAUGGGCGAGCCGGGCGGCUUCGCAGCCGUGCUCGCGCGCAAGAAGGCCGAGGCUGCGGCCGCACGUGGCGAGAGCGCUGCGCCGCCGGCACCCGCGCCGCCGGCAGCCAACGGCGGCAGCAGAGCACCGCCCGCUCCCCCGAAGCCCGCUGCUGGCGGGCGCGCCAUGCCGCCGCCGCCUCCGAGGCGUUGAUGACCAUGCGCACGCCGUGUCGGAUGUACGAUCUCCUGCUUCGUAAUGUCACUAGACUCAUUGCUGCAUGCCCGCCUCCUCGUCGAGCACCGCCUGCGCGGCCUGCUCGAGCUCCUCGAGGUCCCAGUCGCCGCCG